AGAGCACAUGUGAAUGUGACAAGAAUUCGACAGCUCAUAGAAAUGAAGAUGACACUAUUCACCUUAUACAGAAAACUGGCAGGUUUGCAUUCUGCAGUGGGUGCAGUUCGGUGGAGGAGCAGUUAUCGACCAUCUCCUCUUUUGACAGCUGCUCCUGUUCGUGCUCUCAUAGAUGAACGGAUCAGCAUUAAAGGGACUUUCCUUCCCCCACACUGCCCAAUUACACUAUGUGCACAAAUGCACAGUGAGGAUGGUGACCUAUGGGAGGCAUUUGCCCAUUAUAAUACAAAUUCAGACGGCACUGUGAACUUGACCAGGGACCAUUCGGUUGGGGGCUCAUAUUUGGGCUGUGAGCCAAUGGGACUCUUCUGGGGAAUGCAGGGGGAUCCUGGGGUCAAAGGCCCUUUGAGAUUGAGGAAGAUAAACGUAUUGACUCCAUACACAGUGCAGAUAUCCUUGCUGGAGGGCCACAUUUCCCCCAGUGAGGCACAGGGCACUGAGCUAGCUACUGUAAUCACUGAGCGCUGGUAUAUAGCACCAGGCGUACGGAGAAUAGAUAUUCGUCAAAAUGGAGUUGUAGGGACGUUAUUCUUACCCCCUGGCCCGGGUCCAUUUCCAGGCAUGUUGGACCUGUGGGGAAUGGGUGGAGGACUGAUGGAGUACCGCGCUGCCCUGAUUGCAUCCAGAGGCUAUGCUAGUUUGGCCCUUGCCUUCCUGGGGCACAAAGAUUUACCUGGCCCACGCAACACCUUGAAUGUUGGUGAUUCAUAUUUCAAGGCAGCAUUUCACCUGCUUCAGAAUCAUCAUCAAGUCUGUGCCGACAGAGUUGGGAUCAUUGGUAUCUCUUACGGAUCCUACCUGGCUCUUCGAAUUGCCACUCAGAUGGGUGUCAAACCAGCCUGUUUGAUUUGUAUCAAUGGCCCAAUAGGAAGUAACAUUCUGCUCUUAGAUGCAGAGGACGGGGCUGAUGACUAUAACAGUGACCAGAAACACUGGACGUUCGAUGAGCAAGGCCAUGUCAGUUUCAGAGAGGUGUCCUUACCUGCUAACAUUCGUCCUGAGGCCAUAUUGAAGAUAGAGAACAUUGCUUGCCCAUUAAUGGCCAUUGUAAGUGAAGAUGACCUGAGCACUGCAAGCAUAGAAAGUGCAAAUGUGAUUGAGGAGACUCUGAAGGCUGCGGGUAAAUCUGAGCUGUUCACCCGGUUGUCAUACCCCGGUGCCGGUCACCUGAUUGAGCCGCCUUACGCGCCAAAUGCAAGAUUAUCCCUGUGGCGCAAUAAACCAAAAAAAUUGUUCACUCUGUGGGGAGGUCAGCCCACCCCCCACGCUGCUGCCCAGGAAGAUGCAUGGGAGAAGAUGCUGGACUUCAUGGAAAGCAAUCUGAGAAGAUGAAUCUGUGGUGAAGUGGUCUUUAACAAGAGAAAUGUCUUGUUUUAAAUCUGUCUGUGAGCUGAUGCAUUUAUCUGAAAGAGUUUCACAUGCACAGAACAGAUAUUUUUUGUCACAGUCUUUGUCCUGUCUCCACCACUUGUUUUCCCUGUAGUGUUAGACUCAGCCCAUCGGUGUCGUUAGACCACUUGCACGUGCCCCACUGUAAAUCGGCUGUGCCCCAGUAAAGCUGCAAGUCUAGCAACGCCCAUGACUCAGCCCGUCUUUGAUCCAGGUUUCCCUUUUUUGCCACCUGCUCUGCUCUGGUCCAGCAUGUGAGCCAAGUCUCCACAGUCACUCACUGCCAGAUUGUCAUCAAUGAAGCACUCGUGACUCUCCAGCGUUUGUGCUUUCUACUUGUCUUGGUUUUGAAUUGAUUUGUCCCUUGGACUCUGACCCUGCCUUUCCUACGCUGUGUUGCUGGAUUCUGCUGGCACCUGCAGCUGCAAUCCUGUGCACACUGUGCAUUUUGACAUGAUUUUGCCUAAAGUGUUACAUUGCUGCAUCUGGCUGUCAAUUAAUGAUCAACACACAGUAUAACAUAUAUAGAGAAAUAUAGUUUCACAUAUAUGGCCAAGGAGCUGUCUGAUAUAAUAUGGCAGACCCCUAGAGUGGAUCACAUCAUCUCUACCCUCUAACGUGAGCCCUGCAGCUUGCACUCAAUCCAAGCUGCGUUGUAAAUAUCCACAUUAGCUGAGGCUGCACUCUCGAGCAGGAGCUUUUACUUCUCAAAGAAGAAGUUAUUCUGCUGUUUGAGGUCAAAAGAGGGUGUAGUUGUUUAAAAGGCGCUGAGGAGCGAUCUCCAAAUGCAGUCACAGCCACUUACUGCAUCCACAGUGUGAGUGAGGGUGCCCGUAGAUCCUGUUGGCUGCGUGCUGGGCACUAAGAUGUCAGAGGUUGGCAUGUUUAUGGCGUAUGCGAAUUAGAGACGUAUGUAUUUACUUUGCAUUAGUUUUGCGACAUGUCAGCACUGAACUGGCUACCUAAAGGUAGGCUACUUUGUUCAUUUAUUUUGUGGUUUGAUUCUGUAAUAAGAGUAUUUUACGUAGGUUCGAUACAUUACCAUUAUUAUCUUUUCAUUUUAAUGUACUUUGAGUCAGAAGAUCUCACAUUGACGUUUGCAAUAAAAUGACCACAUUAUAAAUACGGUGCCAUGCUAUCAUUACAAUCUGUGUUCACAUUGUGAGCGCCACAUGAUCAUUGUUGUUUAUCGGCCAUGAUGCAUGACUAAUAUACUGGGUGUAACUAUAAAUAGGUUUUUGCAAUCCGCAGUUCACUUGACCGCAGUAUUUUCUAACGUGUUUCUUGAAGUACCACUAGUAAAGUUAAAUUAAUUGUGAGUGGUCGUCAUUGUUAUCUUUUGUUAGUCAAAUUUGUCAUGACAGUUUCUUUCUAUGUGCACAAUGGGCUGACAGGCAGUGGCGCAUGCACCUGGAGUCCUAUAGCUCCACACCAUGCGCACGUGUUUUUGUGGUUUUGCCUAAGUUUUAGAAGAGCUGUUUAAUAUAUCACACACCGCUAGAGGGGAUCUACUCCCUAAUACGAGCCUCGUCCUGACACAGCUUGGAGUGACAGCAGCGCACACACUGACUAUGCCUGCUGUCAAUAAUGUAUGUAACAUCACCAGGACAUGUGCAGGGUAUUCUUCUUAUUGAACAUGGCUCACUGACUGCACUCAUUCAUGGGUUAUUUUGCAAGCUACUUAUUGUGUGUGGAUUUAAGUGUCAGAUCAGUGAGUCUCAAGGAGCGCACCUCCUGAGCGCAAUGCUGCUCAUUGUGGAAAGUUGGUAUGUGAGACUGUUGAUGAUAAAGUGACUGCAGGACUGAAUUUGAUAAGGAGGUAUUACUCAAAGCCAGUUUGUGCGCUGCUGCCAGUCACUCCGAGCUGCGCAGGGUUACGGUAUAACGAGAAAACACAGUAUGUCCUGAAAACGAGAAAAGUAUCUUCUUAUAACGAGAAACACCUUCACUUUUUGCUGGUGGUCUCCAGUCAAUGUCUAGAUACAAGAAGAAUUAAAACCAACUAGAUAUAACUGACAAAGGUUUGGAGUGCCACAGGAAAUGGCCUGUGUAUUUAUGGAAGUGAGAGAUUUCAGUUUUUGAUUUUUAAU